AUGACUUGGGCAGAGUUUGUCCAGUCAUUUAGUAAGAAGUAUUACAGUCCAGCUGUGCCAGCAACUAAGGUUGACGAAUUUAUAACUCUGGUACAAGGGAAUCUUUCGGUCACUGACUAUGCACAUAAGUUCGAUCGAUUGGCCAAAUUUUCCCCUGAAGUGGUGCCAACUGAUGCAUUGCGAGUCCAGAGGUUUGUAAGGGGACUCAAACCUAUGAUCGCGAGGGACGUUAGGAUGACCAGUGCAGAAGUGGUAAGUUAUGCAGAGGUAUUGGAUAGGGCUCUUGAAGCUGAAUAUUUGGAAGAACGGAUAUGGAAGGAUAAUGCCACUAGAAGAGAGAACAACCGAAACAAGAACUUCCACGAGAGCAACAAGAGAAAAGCUAACGAAGGGCGGAAUAGUGGGGUUGAUAAAAGACCUAGACCUCCGGCCACGAAUAGAAACAUUCACAACUCUUAG